GAACUGGGACGCACUGGAAUUCAAAUUCCAUUCAAUUCGACUCUCCGAGAAAAAGAUUUGAUUUCCUUCACUUGCGGGGGAGAAUUCACGAGUCGUCGGAUCUCCCCUCCGCACCGAAUUCGUCAUCCUUCUUCCCCCUUUCUCUGGGUUUUUUGUAGGUAAAAUCCGUCUUCCGAGAAAGCUUCGACGGUUGGGUGGGGUAAACACCGGUGUUUCCAUGGACGCUCGUCUGAAGCAAGAGGACGUCUCGCCGUCCUCGGGGAAAGACAUUGUGUCCGACAAACAUCCCGCGUCCUUGAUCGAACUCAGCGAUAGCAGCAGUGAGUCCGACGACGAAGGCCCUUCCAAGAAGAGGAAGCUCGGCGUCGUUGUCCCCGAGGGCUUCCUCCAGCCUCUUCCCCCGUUGAGGCAGUUGCCGCCCUCGUCCCCGCCGCCGCCUCCCGCGGUGCCUGACUCCGCGUCGCCGCCGCCGCCGUUGCAGCAGCUCUCACAGGCCGGACCUACUAAGCAGUUCUGGAAGGCUGGGGAUUACGAGGGCCGUCCUGGUGGCGGUUGGGAUUCCUACUCAGGGGGCAUUGAUCAUGUCAGGGUUCAUCCGAAGUUUCUACAUUCUAAUGCAACCAGUCAUAAGUGGGCUCUUGGAGCUUUUGCAGAACUUUUGGAUAACGCAUUGGACGAGGUUUCUAGCGGGGCAACAUAUGUUAAAAUAGACAUGCUAAAAAAUAAGAAAGAUGGGAAUAGAAUGUUGCUGAUUGAAGAUAAUGGUGGUGGCAUGGAUCCAGAUAAAGUGCGGCAGUGCAUGUCUCUGGGGUAUUCUGCUAAAAGCAAACUGGCAAAUACAAUCGGACAAUAUGGCAAUGGAUUUAAAACAAGCACUAUGAGGCUUGGGGCAGAUGUGAUAGUGUUCUCAAGAUGUCCCGGAAAAGAUGGCAAAAGAUUUACACAGAGCAUUGGGUUGCUUUCAUAUACCUUUUUGAGGAGCACGGGGAAGGAAGAUAUUGUAGUACCCAUGCUUGAUUAUGAAAGACGUGAAGGCAGUUGGAACAAGUUGAUACGGUCUUCAUUUGGUGAUUGGAAGAGAAAUCUCGAAACAGUAAUACAGUGGUCUCCCUUUUCCAGUGAGGAGGAUCUGAUACAGCAGUUUUGUCUAAUGGGAGAACGUGGUACACGUAUAAUUAUCUACAAUCUUUGGGAAGAUGAUCAAGGAUUUCUAGAACUUGACUUCGAUGCAGAUCCAUAUGAUAUUCAACUUAGAGGGGUCAACAGAGAUGAGAAGAACAUACAAAUGGCAAAAACGUUUCCCAAUUCUAGGCAUUUCCUGACUUAUAGGCACUCCUUAAGGAGUUAUGCUUCUAUUCUCUAUCUGAGGAUUCCCCCCAGGUUCCGGAUGAUUCUUCGAGGGAAAGAUAUCGAACAUCAUAAUAUUGUAAAUGAUAUGAUGCUAUCUCAAGAAGUUACUUAUCGACCACAACCUGGUGCUGAUGGAGUUUAUAAAGACACUAUGACUGCUGUCGUUACAAUUGGGUUUGUGAAGGAUGCAAAGCAUCAUAUCGAUGUCCAAGGAUUCAAUGUUUAUCACAAGAAUCGCCUGAUUAAGCCAUUUUGGAGGCUUUGGAAUCCUGCUGGAAGUGGUGGUCGUGGUGUCAUAGGUGUUUUGGAAGCUAAUUUUGUUGAACCAGCUCAUGAUAAGCAAGGGUUUGAGCGAACGACAGUGCUUGCUAGACUUGAGGGGAAGCUGAUUCAAAUGCAGAAGAACUAUUGGAAGACAAACUCUCAUCGAAUUGGCUAUGCUUCAGUAGGCAAUAAGAAACUCCUUACUGAGUCUGCAGAAGGAGAUGAUUCUCUUGAUUCUGAGCCGCAAACAUCUGCAAAAUCAGGAAGGCAUAGUGCGUCAAGCAGUAAGCCAACCGUACGAAGUUCAGGCAAAUUCUCUUUGCGCUCUAAUGAUGCAAGGCGUGCCUCUUUAGGAGGCAAAACAAGGAUGAGCACCCGCUUUGAAUCGGGAAGAACUUUGAAUUUGCGAGAAUCAUCUUCAUCCCCUUCUACAGAGGCUGUCAAUGGGGAUGAUAUGUCACGUCACCAACCCGAUUCUAAUGGUGGUAAUCACAAAUCUUCUGUAAUGGAUGGCGUCCAGACAUCAACGCUUGCAUGCUUGGGUGAGGACGCUGACCUUAAUUAUGAUUCAGGUGGAAAAACUAAUGGGUUGAGCACGGCUACUCCUCUGCAGGUAGUGGAUAUAGAACAGUUAAGAGAAGAGAAUCGUCAGUUAAGGGAAAGAUUGGCUCACCCGGACGGGGAAAUUUUGAGUAAGUUGCAGGGUGAUUUGCAGACUGAGAAAGAGAGGUGCAGAACUCUCGAAAGGCAGCUCCAAGAAGCCCAACAAAAGAUAGACCAAAUGAACAGGGAGCAAGAAACUUUAAUUGAUAUUUUUCAACAGGAAAAAGAACUAAGAGAAGCUGCCGAGCGGAACCUGAGGAAGAAGCUGAAGGUCGUCCCUAGUUUCGCCAAAUGUCACUGCACUAUAGCGUUUUCUUCUUGUCGGGAAUUGGAUGGUCUUCUAACUUUUUUUUCCUGUUCUUCUACAUUUCUGUAGGGCUGAAGGUCAUCCCUAGUUUCGCCAAAUAUCCCUGCGCUAUAGCGUUUUGUUGAUGUUGUUGGGAAUUGGAUGGUCUUCUAACUUUUUUUCCCUGUUAUAUCUACAUUUCUGCAGGAUGCUUCUACUACCAUCCAACAUUUGCUAGACAAGGUGAAGCUACUGGAAAAUAUGGAAUCUCCCAAUGGAAAAUCAGAAUCUUAGGCAUCGGAAACGGGUGGCUAACUGCUUCAUGUUUAGAAGAUUGUAAACUCUGAUCUACUUUUCUCUUUUGUAAUUAUGGUCAGAAUCUGCUAACCCUCUGAUUCUAGAGCCAUUUAGUGUAGGAAGAAGUCCAUUUAGGUUUUAGGGUGGGGGAUGCCGCAAAUCUAUGUUCUGAUGAUGUGCUCAAGCCAGGAUGUGCUGACGCGAUACUGCCUAGGCUCAGAGUUGGCCCUCCAUUUUCUUUGGUCGAGUCAGCAGAGUCUUGCCAGCUGAAUGGAAUGGUGUAAUUUACGAUAUGAACAUUCCAGCUUUUUGUCACAUUCAAUUAAUUCUUCAAGCUUCUGAGGGAAUGAACUGAUGCUUAGUAUUCACU